UUUAUAGUAUUUAAUAAUAAGAAAAAUGAAGAUUAUCACAGUACUACUUUUCUUGACUAUUGCUAACUUAUGUUAUGCAUCCUCAUGGCAAGAGGAACUAUUGAGACCCAAAUAUGAGAGCACUUAUGCUGAAUCAGUCGCCAGCAACGAUUAUUUCAACAUGGAGAAGCACAGAGAGGAAGCAUUUUCAUCAGGAUUCCAAACUAAAGUCCCUUCUGCUCCUGUUCUCGUACUUGAGCCAAUGCAACAUGCAUGUCAGUUCAGAAUCUACAACUACAUCGGUCAGGUCCUCAACACUUACUCCAGAUGUAUCGAAGUAGCCACUGAUGAGUGGUGGAUUAUUAACAAGCCUUAUGACAUUAGUCGUCAUGGUGAAGACUUGUGCAAACAAGUCCAGAGCGAUGAGGUGUUCAAGAAUGGUAACUUUUCCAUCAUCUCCUUCUCUGACGGAGGUAUGCUCGCAAGGUAUUUAAUAGAAUACUGCCACUUUGACCAACCAAUCAGAAAUGUUGUCACUAUGGGAGCCCCACUUAAUGGAGUAUCAGCCAUUUCUCAUCAGAAGAGGUCAUCUCUUUUUGGAAGCAUCCUUGAUUGGAUUGUAGACAAACUUAUUAAGUAUGAAUUCAUGGACAGAUUCAUCAUUGCAGCUGAUUACUGGAGAGACCCAAGAAAUGUGGAUGGAUACUUGCAUUACUCAAGAUUUUUGGCUGAAGCUAACAAUGAGGUAAACUUUGAUGAAGACAGAAAAGACGCUUGGAUGCACAUCAACCACGGACUCUUCGUAAAAUGGGAGGAUGACACUACUAUCAUCCCCAAGGAAUCAUCCCAUUGGGCCAUUUACGAUCAACACUUUGAAGUAAUUGACAGACAUGACACUAUUCUCUUCCAACAAGACUUAAUCGGCCUUCAGACUCUUGAAAAGAACGAGCAGACCUCUUACAUCACCUUGCCAGGAGAUCAUCUCAAAUUCAACUUCACACAGAUCAACGACCUAAUCCUACCCACCUUAAGAAUGUAAUCGCUAUCUAAAAAUGCCUUGUUCAUGAUUACAUCAAUAAUAUCAAC